AUGCAUCUAUUGCCUAGUCAGGUGAGUUUUAGGCAGAUUCAAGCGUUAUAGAAUUCAUAUUUUUAAGUGUAUUUAUCGCUCAACGUUGAUCUCAAAAAUGUGAUAGAUUGUAACGUGUAGUGGUGUAUAACUGGUACAACUUCUUUUAACAUAAAGUCUUAUUCGAGCUCAUUAUUUUAAGAGACGUUGGCUAAUUAGGCUUGAAAAACCACGGAGCCUUCAAGAAGCCAAGAAUCAACGUAUCUAUCAGCAAAACUACCGCAUUUUUUGAAAUUUUGCUUAAAUUAGGGUACCUAUUGAUUCUUGAAACUUUUCUGUCACGUUUUGCAGGUGAAAUCGAGAUAUAAAUCUUUGUAGAUGGGAGGGAUGGUGAAAUCCGGACAGUGAAAAAUGGAUUUUUGCCAUUCUUUUCCCAUUUUUCUUCUAUCAAUGUUAUCUUCGCUAGUAGAAGACUAAAUUUAGCUGAAGAUUUGCAUGUCAAAACUUGUUAUCUUUACCCACUUUCGGACUAAUAAUUUAGGUUUUUUUUGCAAAGUCCUAGCUACAGAUCUGGCAUAUCCCUUAAGAAAAUUUAAUUAAAGUUUGUGCCAGCAUUUACCACACUAUGAGUCCAGCACAUUAAUCGUGUUUCUGUGAUUUUUUUGCUUCUUUUUUGCACUUCUCAAACGGUAUAAUGAAUUCAUAUCCCCAUAGUUUCAGCUUCCCUUUUCAUGCUUUAUUUCCAAAAUUUUUUUUCCUAGGUGCAAACAUUCGACGGUUUCAUUAGCUAUGCAGUGUUUGUGGACCGUGGAACGUUCUCAGCUCUUCGGAAUUUGAGUUUAUAUUGGACGUGUACAAGUGCUCGAAAGAGAUUGUCAAUUCAAGUGGUGUGGGAGAAAAGCCCAUUCGAUGAUCGGUGUGUUACGCCCAAAGAAUUUGAAAUCUUGGAAGGAGAAUGCAACAAUUAUACGGCCAAAAAAGGUGAGAAAUCUAAGGUCAUUUCUGACGCCCUUAUAUGGGUGAUGGUAAUUACCAAAGAUUGCCACGGCUCCGGAGCCGGAGCCGCUCAGAGCCGGAGCCGGAAAUUUUGGGUGCGGCUCCGGCUCCCGAGCCCAAUUUCGGAGGACUUCUCAGCGUUCAGAAAAGUAAAAAUUUCAUGAUCUUGUUAAACCAAAUUGCUUGAAAAAUACUGGGAAAGAUGUGUCACAUACGACUUGGCUGCAAAAACGUUGGGUGUAUGAUCUCUGGGACUAAUAACUUUUAUUUUUGAAAAGUAUUUUUAAAAAAUUUUUUGCAAGGGAGCCGGGAUUCGGAGCUGGAAAUUUGGUCUCGGCUCCGGCUCAGGGAGCAAAGAGCCGGAGCCGGAGCCGAAAUUUUGACCGUGGCAAUCUCUGGUAAUUACUAGUCCUUUCGUAAAAUCGCUGGAGUGAUUUUUGCUUCAUGCACUGUGCGAAAACAAAGGCUAACUUUGCGCUGUGCAAUUUCUUGCUUUGUGCAAAGUGCAAUAGGAUUUUUUGGCUGUGGCUCGCACCCGACUUUUUUCGCAAAGUGUAAAGGUCAAGAAUCACUCCAGCGGCGUUACGAACGGUCCAGUAUAAGCAUGGAUUUUUUCCAGGGGCUUAAAUUCACUUUGCGCAUAUUGUAUGGUAGCAUAAGCAAGAGAAAUGCUAGAGGCAAUUCAGGUUUUCUACUUUUUUUUUUGCUUUUUUUGGGUGCCAAUUUCCAUAGACUUUUUCUCGUGCGUAGCCGCGCAGUGAAGACCUUCGACGUUCCUUUGCUUUAAAAAAGUUUAAGCCCAAGGGUUAUUGUGCAUUUUAAAUAUCUCUUCAGCGCUUCCUCGAUGGUCAUCACCGGUCAUUCUCUACCCAAUAAAUGCCCUUCGGAAUGCAGCAAGACGCGGCGCCGAGACGAAACUUCAUAUAGUCGCUGAUGUUGAAAACAUUUUCACUCCAAAUUUCACGCAAAUGGUAAAAAAUGAAACCGACAAGAUGUUAAAUUCUACCGAGAGAUACGUUCUGAUUUACCGGUGAGAUACUGCAAUUAUUUUUUUAAUUUUAUCUUUAGGAGAUUCGAAAUAUCAGCAAAAUCAGCUCGGCCGAAAAAUACGGGAGAGUUGAGGAGUUUGCUGAGGGCAUAUAAGUAAGUUUUUUCAAGGUAAUAUUCAGUGUUACUAUGCUUCUCUUAGAGCCCAAACAUUCCACGCAAAAGUCUUUCCUCGAGGCCAUACCAUCCCGAGGCUUCGCGAGUGGAUGGAGUAUUCGAUAAACAAUAAUUCGGUGGUCAGCUGGCCCGUGAAUUAUACGUAAGUCACAGUAGACUGUUGCAAGGCCGGCUAUCCAACUUUCUCGCUAUUUUUUAAACUAUAUGUAUACGAUUUGUAAUACCUGUGUGCCAAUGGCGAUGUUCAGAUCCUUUUUAAUUUAUGCUUGCAAAAAGGCCUCAUCCAAAAAUUUCAAAAAUUUUUAGCUUGUGCUUUUCAGCACUCCCUUUAUUAAUAGUGAUUGACUGGAAAGUACACUGAUCUUUUCAAAAUUUUUUGGCUUUAAAAUACAGUAUUUUUUAAAUAUUUUUUCAGACGGAAAUCCUGGGAGCCUCAGUUUAUAAUGCCGGCUGAUGCCCCAUAUCACUUUGACCGGAUGCCCACUAGGAUUUAUGAUCAUCAAGUCUUGGUAAGUUUCAAUUUUGUGACUCUUGACGAAGAAAUCUAACUUGAGAGAUCUUCAUCGCCUAAACCUUCAUUUUUUAGGUUCAAGAGCUGUGUCGAGCCGGUUACAAGUUUCGCCUUCUUACCCAUGUCUUCAACACUCAUUCCGGGAUGAAAACAUCGAUGUCAAACCUUGAGCUGGCUGUGAAAUCGUCCGGCAAAUUUCGGGUCCGAGAAGCUGAACGUGAAUUCAAUAAGUAUUUGGAUGAAAAGUAUCCAACUUCCAAGAACUCAUGUCCAAAAGGGUAUUAG